AUGGACGAAGAAGACGAUGACUUCUAUGACCCCGUCGAUACGGUGCCGACGACCCAAUCGCAGCACCCGCCUCAGAAUGCCGACCAGGAGGAUAACCACAUGGACGACGACGAGGAAGUCGAAGAAGAAGAAGAAGAUGACGACGAUGACUUCAAUAUCAUUACAGAAGCCCCCGAAGGCGCACCACCACCAGAGCCCUCUCACCCUCGCCAUACAAGCUUGAGACAAGACCCCUCAAGGCCGUCUUCCACCGACCCCAGCUCUGUAGCGCCAUCUGCAGUCCCUGCUGCUACACCACAGCAUGGCAACGCCGCUCCGCAGCCCAGCCACCCAAUCGUAGGAGCUCCGAAUGAAAAGCCCGGCUCCGCCUACCCAGCUAUUCACAGCUCAACCAUUGACGUCAAUGCGAACCCCGUUCACCCCACGACGGGGAAGCCAAUUAUGUCCACUGACAUGGACGCCGACCUCCCUUCCGACGACAAGCCCUGGCGACGACCCGGCACAGACCUGUCAGAUUACUUUAACUACGGUUUCGAUGAGUUCACAUGGUCAGGAUACUGUCUCAAGCAACAAGGAGUGCGCCAAGAAGUUGGCAGCCAAAAGAAACAAAUGGACGAAAUGCAGGCUUUCAUGGGCAUGGGUAUGCCCAUGCCCGGUGCACCACCGGCUGCUCCUGCCAGCGCCCCGCCUCCCAUGGCUGGCAUGGCUGGUAUGCCAGAUAUGAAUCCUGAUAUGAUGCAAGGCAUGUUGGCCUCUAUGAUGUCCCAGGGUAUAGACCCCUCUACCAUGGAUCCCAUGGCCUUCAUGCAACACGCGCAGUCAAUGAUGCCUGGUGGCCAACAAGCUCAACCUGGUUUCUCCGGUCAAUCUCAAAACCAGGGCUUCAACCAAGGAGGCCAAGGCCAGAUGGGCUAUGGAGGAUACGACCAACGCGGUGGCUAUGGCGGACGGGGGCGUGGGCGCAGAUGGUAG